CAACCGGACGCCAGCCUCGGCCUGGGAAGCGAGACAGCCGCUACGGACGGGCCCGUCCCCGCCAUGGCCGCCGCCGCCGCCAAACCAACCCGGAAGACAUCAUCUUUUGAAAGAGAAGGAUGGUGGAGAAUAGCAUUAACAAAUACUCCUAUCCCUGGCACUUACCACUUGAAAACUUUUAUUGAGGAAUCCCUAUUAAAUCCAGUGGUAGCAACCUACAGUUUCAAAAAUGAAGGAAGGAGAAAACCACCUCUUGUGCUAAGAAAUGAUCCAGUACUAAAUGACGUUCCCCAGUAUACGCCUCCUGACUUCUACGACUUGUUAAAGAAACAAGUGGCCACGUACUCAUUUAAAGACAAACCACGACCAAGCCCCAACACACUGGUUUACAAAGAUCAGUCACUUAAACUUUCACCAGGGCAAUACGACCUACUCCCUGCUCCAGUUCCCAAGUACACUUCCAGGAGCUUCAUAUUUCGUUCUACAGUUCAAAGAUUUCCAACAGGCUACUUCAUUCCUCAUGAAGGCCCAGGACCAGGUCAUUAUGACUUGAAAAUACCUUCAGCAAGUUCUACUACUUCUUGUUUUCAAUCCAAAGUACCUCGAUUCUUGCCCACCUGUUCAAAAACCCCUGGCCCAGGAGCGUACACGUCUUCAGCACAAUUCCCCAAGCCGUCCCGGACCAUAGCCAAAAUGGGCCGAGAGCAUAGCCUUUUCUUCAACAACACAAUUGGCUUUUAAAAUAAAGCCACGUUGGCCUCAAGCUACUUUGAG